AUGCGCCCAUCGCCACAGCAGACCGCGACCCCGGGGCAGAUCAUGCCAACGGCUGCUGCCCAGCACCAGCAACAAACGGCGAUGGAGCACCAGAUGACGGGUCAAGGGUUCGAUAUGAGCCGAGUCGGAUCGGUGCAAUCGCAGAUCGGCGGUCAGCCGAUCCGCGAUGCCGAUUCCUUACUUCGACCCUACAUCCACGAGUAUCUCAUGAAGAACGAGUUGACCUCAACAGCAGCUCAGCUUCGGACAGAGGGUGGACUAGGCGAGCAGCCCCCGCUACCGAUUCAGGUUCAGAAGGGCGUCUUGUCAGAACUCUGGGCUGCCUUCUGGGACAUUGUCACCGCUGGCAAGGGACCACAGGCGCUGAAUAACCAUCAGGCCUCUAUCUCCUCCCCCCUUCUCCCGGUGCCACCCACUAUUACCACCGCCCAAUUCCAAUCCGGCACCAGACACCAACUCCUCCCUUCCCUCCCCUUGCCCUUGCAACCCCUCCUCACUUCUCCACGCGCGCAUCACGUCUUCUCCCAUCCCCCUUCUGUCUCGCAAAAUCGCUUCAUCGCGCGGCAGCCCGUCCACACCGCACGCCCAUCAUCCGCCCUUCAGCACAUUCCUGUGGGAACAGAUAACACAUCCACCGAGGAUCAGAAUCCGCCGCGAGCCCCGACGAGGUAUACAGAGCAAAGGCCCGCUUUCGCCCUUUGCCUCUCUUCACCUGACCCUUCCCUCCGCCGAGCUUGUAUCCGAUCAGGCGUCCCUGCAUCCGUCAACGGCUCGAGUAUCCUGUCACCCCCACACACUCCGCCUUCGACUGUUGCAUCUGCUCGUCGACAUCAGAGUGGAUAA